GAGCCGCUUGCGAACUGUUUGGGCGUUGCAAGAAGGUGUGAUCGUGUAUGAUUCUUUGCCUUCUCGCUCUUGUCGGCUGAGUUUCUCGAGCAUUCUUCACGAUGUCUGCCUCCAAAUCAGGCAGAGCUAUCACUGAAAUGAAGGCCCGCCGUUUGAGCGCGCCAGCGAGGAGCAAAGCAGUCCGUAGACCCGACGAUGUUCUACGAGAUGUGCGCGGUCUAAAGCUUCGCCAGAGAGUGUCCCUUGUUCUCAACGACAAGGUUCUACGUGAAGAAUUAGAGGAUAUCGUCGAAAAUUUCGUGCACAAUGGACCACGUCCAGCCAGCGAAGGCAUUCGCACUUACCAAGACUUCCUUGUACCAUCGUAUAGUGGAGGAAUGGCCGGCGGAAUGGUCACUCCGAUUGCAGAUAUUCGUGGUUCCGAUACCCUCAACUACUCGAAGCAAGAGCGGCUACUACGUUGCAAGCUCGCCGCAGUCUACCGUCUUGUAGAUUUGUUUGGCUGGUCUAUUGGGAUCUAUGGCCAUAUAACUGCUAGAGCCUCGAACGACGAGGACCACUAUCUUCUCAAUCCUUUCGGCUUGUUAUACAACGAAGUGACUGCUUCAAGCCUAGUCAAGGUGGAUUUCGCGGGCAACAUUGUCGACGGUGGUAGCACAAACCUCGGCGUAAACCGAGCCGGUUUGGUUCUUCACUCGGCAGUACACAGUGCAAGAAAAGAUAUCGCCUGUGUCAUUCACAUCCAUCAGCCAGCCUGUGUAGCGGUUGCUUCAACAGAGUAUGGAAUCCUACCAAUCACCCAAGAGGCAAGCAUGCUUGGAGAGAUCGCCUACCACGACUUCCGAGGAAUCUUGCUAGAUGAGAAUGAAAAAGAUGCCAUAAUAAAUGAAUUAGGAGAAAAAAGCAAGGUGAUGGUGCUGCGUAACCAUGGAAUGGUUAUUGCAGGUGACACAAUAGAAGAAGCUUUCAUGCUUGCACACAUGUGUGUUCUGUCUUGCGAAUAUCAGGUGCGAGCUAUGUCUGCUGGAGUUGAUAAUCUGAUCAAAGUUAGUGAGCAAGUACGGGAGAAAGUGUUGGAGGUUACAGGUGGAGAAAAUAUCACAGACUCUAAAGGCUCCAAGUGGAAGCACGGAGAACUGGAGUUUGAAGCCUGGAUGCGAAUGCUUGACUCUAGGGGUUAUAGAACAGGUUAUGUGUACAAGAACCCUGAAGUCUUUGUCAGCGACAAAACACAAGCCCGGGAUGUCACCUCGCCAGCAACCACCACUUCAACACGUGCACAACUGUUUUUCACACCUGAUAGCGACCAGAAAGGUGUCAGUCGGUCUCAUUCAACUGGCCGUGCAAACACGUACCGCAACCGCCUUAAGUGGUUGAACACCCCCGUCAAGUCCACUGAGUACAAGAAAGAUGAAGACAAAUUACCAGAGGAGAAGGAUGAGUCCAUUAUUAUCAAGGAUCAGAAACCAGAGAAGAAAUAUAAGGAUGAUGUCAAGGAGAAGGUAGAUGAUGUGAUCAUUCAGACAAAGCAUGUUACAGUCCAAGAAUCCUCUCCCGAUUUUGAGAAAGGAGCCUUUGAUGAAGAAGACAGAGAGGGUGUUGUGCACAAAAAGGAGGUCAAGCAGACAACAGUAGUAGUGACAAGAGUCACAGACAAGGAUGGAGAAAGAAAGGAAGAAACCAAGGUCACAGAGAAUAAGCAAGUGUUUAUCGAUGGCAAAGAAGUGGAGGCCCUGAAACCUCCAGGGGAUGAAGACGAAGAUCAUGAUGGUGAGAAGAGCGAUGAAGCUGAUCACAGGGAUGAAGCCGAUGGCGAGGGAUCAUCACCAACUGCGGAUUCUCCCGAACCUGACAGCCCGACCAAGCCAGGACAAAAGGUCAAGAAGAAGAAGAGCUUUAAAGAUGCACUAAAGAAGAAAUUCAGCAAACGAGGCCGAGAUGAUCAACACGAAGAAACGAAAAAGGCAGAGUAAGCCUUCAACAGACAAUCUUUGGUGCUGUGAGCACUGUAUGGAACAGUUUUAUUUUAUGAGUGCUGAACUUAAAUGGUGGAUCAAAAGCAAUCAUUUGAAUUGAAAAAAAAUUAAGAGCUCUUACAGACAGAUUCAUCUGUUGAUGCGUUCUUGCCUUACAUCCCAAUUGGAUUAUUUCAUGGUCAGCUUAAUUUACAGUAAGACAUGUGCAGGAUUGCAUUUUUACCAUUUUUGCAUUUUUAAGUUAAUUCUGGUGACCUAGUCAAGGUGUAAAGCCAGAGCUUCCGCUAUAUUAGGUAAAUAAAAUAGGUCAUAAAGGUCAUUACCUUCUUCAGAAAGGUGUUUUAGCCUGGAAUAGCUCAUUACUAGAAGUGAUUCGCCCUGUGUAGUGUAAGUGAUCGCCCCAGAAGAAGAGCUUGGAAGUGCAAGUGUAGAAACACUCUACUAGUGCUGUGUUUCUAUUUUGUGCAAUUUGUGGUCCUUGUGACUAAAAGUGAUGCCAACUAAAGCUCAGAUGUUACCACUUAACUCUAGUCUCAUUCAUGUUGCUAAUAUUCUUUUAUCCCCCUUGGUUUGGGGCAUUCUUUUUUCAGUUUUUUUUUUUUUAACUUUCAUUAUUCUAAUUGUGGAAAUGUCCUACCAUUUGUGUUGGAGGCCAGGUAUAACCAAGCUCUUAACCCCUGGCACUGAGGGCAGGACUAUCCACUCUGAUAACAUUUCAUUUAUUCCCCAAUAAAUUUUAUUGUAUUUCUCAUACCCUCAGAUCAACAACUUUAUAUUUGUUGAUUUUAUCUCUAGAAAUGUGAGUAGUUCUUGAGAGUAUUCGUACGAGCCUCCAAGAAACUGGAAACUGUUUUUAUUUCUAUACUGUUUAGAGCAGAUAGUACUAAUAUAUAGAAAUAAUUAUAUUGUAAAGAACCUUGUUUUCAUUGGGAUAAAAACCAACUGAAAUUCACUGUCAGUAUUCAGUUAAAAUUGAAAUAAAGUAAGUUAUGAAUAAAGUCUAAAACAAGGUGAA